CCCAAAAUUUCCCCAGAAUUCAUUGUUGACCUAAAUGACAACGUGGGAGACUACAGGGUAAAAUGAGCACAACAAGAAACAUUUUGCACAACACAGGAGUUACCCCUGUAAGUGUGACCCCAUGUUGAUUUCACCUGAUUCUGACUCUUCAGAAAUCAGUGGUUUACUGCUUGAGAAGCUCAGAAAAGCAGAAGUAUUGUCCCCAUUUGAGAAAUCCCACAGAUACUUGCCUAACACAAAAGACAACAUGGAUGUAAAAAAUGUAUUUAAAAUCCAGGAGAAGAUUUCCUGCCUCAGGGAUUUGUCAGAGCAUGGUGAUUGCCUAAUUAAUUUUAACAGUAUGGUGAGUGUCGCUGCUGGAAAAGCAGAGAAGUGCUGCAGCAGACAGAUGCAUUCCUGCCCUUCAAGUGCACUCCCUCAUCACACUGACAACUGUUGCCUUAGCACGGAAGACUCUGUAUCUGGCCAGUCUCUGGCUGACAUCCAGGCAUGUAAAAAGACUGGGCUCGGUAGACCUCUAACCAUGGGCACCCUGUUCAGUGAGCAGGCAGAUACUCCCAUAGUAAAUCACAGUUAUUUUGUGAAAGAUGAUUCUCAAAACUCUGCUGCUGUUCUGGAGAUUUAUGCAGACAAAAUUCCAAGUGUAAGUGAUGACUUUUCUGGUGAUGACCUAGAGUAUUUUCAGUGUUCAGAUGUGCUGACAGCGCAUGAAAAUGAAAUCUGGCAAAAGAAAUUACAGUUUUUAUUAGAAAGUGAUGAUGAAGAUGAUUUAAAACUGAGUAAGGAUUGUGAUGGGUGUGCUUACUUCCUCACUGAAAUGCCUUGUCUGUUCCAAGUGUCAGAUAACACUACGCCUAUGGAUACCACCAUUGGCUUCUGUGGUCAUCACUCAAAAUUCAAAGGAGUAAAUGUAAGGAGAGACCCCUCUACGUACAGCCAGUCAACUCUGCAGACAGAGAUGACUCUCACUGUUGGACACCACCAGGAUAAAAGUACCAGUCUGAGAGACAAAGAAAAGUACAAAGUGCUUGUUGCAUCUGCAGCCAUCGAAAAUGACCAUCCCAGAACCGAGGAAGAAAAUAAUGGAAGCAGCCACUCAGCUGCCGGUUUCUCAACUGACACAUCAAAGAACAAGGAUAAUCUGCAUGCCAAGGCAGACACCUCUACUCAUGGCAUAGGUGCUCCUUUGACAAAUCAGGCUUCAGAGACAAUGACAGAAAACAGCACGGACAAGGACUUGCUGGGUGAAAGCACGUUGCUGCUAGAGGAGGAGGGAAGAAAUUUGCCGGAGGAAAAUGCAAGGCAUGCCUACUGUACCUUAACGGAAAGUCUAAGAAGAAACCUUUUAAAGUUGUUAAACCCUAAAGAGCUUUGCAGAUAUGUAAGUAAUAUAGGACAAUCUUUUCAGAGUGCAGCAGAGGUUAAGGAAUCCAGUGCUCCUUUUCCCAGUCAGGAAGGUGUUGUUUCAGUACAAAUCCCCGAGGAGCCAGAAAGCCUGCAAAUGCAGGCUGGUUUGUGUCAUACAGAAGAGGCAGAGAAAGACUGUCAUUGGGAAAGGAAAAGGACUUGGGGCCUGUCUCAGCAAAAUCAGAUGCCAAGUGAAAAUGUCUCGCCCAGGAAUCAAGGUGCUAAUCUUAAAAUCUUUACCCAGAAUUGUGAGAGACUGUGUAUGGAGCCUGAAAUAGAAAAGAAAGACAUCUUCGUGACUUGUGAGAGUGCAGGAACCAUCCAUCCCACUUCAGAAAUGCUCUGUACUGAAAAGACAUUACAAGCAAAAAAUGAAAAGUCACAGAUCUAUUCUCAACACCAUGUGCCUUGUGAUAAGAGCGAAAGUUAUCACCAACAAGUCUUCUGUGAACAAGGUAUUAGUAAUGGCAACAAAGCAAAGAAUGAUGUUUCACCUUCUCCUUUAUGGGACACAGACUCUGUUCCUGAUAAACAAGAAUGUUUAUGUGCUGUUCUCUCUUCUGCGAAGCUAUGUGACGAGCCAAGGGAGGGAGAGCAGAGGUACAGUUUUGACUUGCAUGAUAGCAAUGGCGCAGAUACUCUCUGCAGUCUGUCAUGUGAUGAAUCUCUGUUUGAAGCUGAUCCCAAGUCAGUCCAGGAAUCUGGAGAACCUGGGUGCAAAGGAGAUGCUGGUAUAUCUGCAGUGCAUGACAAGCUGUGGAAACUUCUUCAUGAAGAUGACUCAGACUAUCAAAUCCCAUUUGAAAACCGGGGGAUCACAAGCCUAGAAAUCAGGCCAACAGAUACCAAAGUCACAGAAUUGAACUUUGUCCAGGAGACCUGUUCUGAUCAGCUUUUGCCAAUAAAUACGAUGAAAGAGGAGGAACCUAUUACACAGCCAGCUAGUGGACAAAAACCAGAAAAUUGCUGUGCCUCUAAUAUCCUAAUUAAAACAGAUGAAGUGUGUAGCAGUGCAUCAGUAGGAAACAUUUGUCUUCCACAAGUGGUAGAAACAGAUGGUAUAUGUCUAGAUUCUAGCACUGGAAAUAAAACGGAAGCACCAUCCAUUCAUGUUUCAGCAAAUAGUAUCAUCUUAAAUACAGGAGAGUGCUUGGAGCAGAACCCAAAUCAGAUGUUAACUGACAGUAAUGGAUCCAUUCAAACGACUGUGUCUUGGGAAGGAAAGCUUACCAUUAAUAAUGCUUCCCACACACGUGAGGCAGAUUGUCUGCAAAGACUGAAAAAUGCUCACAGUGGUGAUUUAGCACAUGACAAAGAAAACCCAGCUUACAUGUCAUAUAAGUCGCAUGGGACAAUUGGACAAUUACUUCAUGCUGAGCACAACGUCUCCUUGAUAAAUGAGUCUGUAACUGGUAAAGGGUGUCAUUUUAGAGACCCAGCAAGAAAAGAGCUGUCUUAUUUCCCCGAAGAGAAGGAUAUCUUCCCCAGUGAAAAUACCAAUCAGCUUACACGUGAAGAACAGUCUUCUGUUAUCACCAUACAUAAAAAUUCUGAAGAGAAUUUACAUGAAAAAGGAAAUCAAUCAGGCUUGAACAAACAAAACGACACUAAUUCUGACAGUUAUCAUCUUUCAAAAAAUACUGACUGUCAAGAUUUUCAAGUUGUUUCUAAUGCACAGAAAUACAGUUACGUCAUGCAAUUGCCUAAUUUAAUUAAGACUCCUGAAACCAUCACACAUAAGAAUCUAUCCCGAAAUGUAGAACGACUGACAGGAAAAGUAAAACAAGAAGUGGCAUUCACCGUCUCUUCUGGGGAUCCAUUUUUAAGAGAUUUUUAUGUAGAAGUGCCCAGAUAUGAACCAUGUAAAACAGGAGAACAGAGAGAGAUUUGCAUAGGUGAUGAACAAAGGGCUGAAACUUCCUGUGACUCAGGAGUUAGUCAUGUUUCAGAGAGUCAGACUGCACUUUCCCCUCAUAAUACAUCAGAACAACAUGUAUCUUUCGCAAACAGCACCUUCAAGUCUGAAGAGUUAAGAACUGAUUCUUCAAAAAAUCACACUUACGCACCUGGAAGUGUAACUUCAGUUAGUACCCUGCUGCUUAGAAAAGCUCAGAAUGAGUACCGCAGCGUAGCAGAUGAGGAUUAUAGAAAGAUCAGUAAUCAGUUAGGAAUCCAACAAUUGCCUGUAAAAGUAACAAAGCUGCCAUUCCUCACACCGGUAAGGCAGACGGAGGGCCUUCGUUCCAGAAUGUCAGCAGUGGAGUGUUCUGGCACAGGAAGUCAAGUAAAAACUCAGUCCACGCUAAAUGCAGUCAAAGUAGAUGAAAAGCUGGAAACUUUCUGCAAAACAUUGCAGGAUCAGUCCCAUAGGGUACCUGAAGAAAACAAGACGAAAGCAGUCUUUUCCGAAAAGAAACAGAUUCACAGAGCUGUUGAAUGUAACCCAGGUGAGGCUGAAACGAAGUCUCCUUUGCACGCUUCAGUUAGCUCCAGGGCUCGGGGAUGGUUCAUGAAUAUUGGCACUAAGCAGUCCUGUCCUGGCUUGAUCUCUUCCAGCAAGCUAACCCGGGUUGCUAAUUCAGUUAAGUCUACUGAGUGUGAUAAAGAUGGAGAAGUCAUGACAUCAGAGGGUGUAGUAAGUGGUUUAGUUAAUUUGCCACCAGCUGAUUCAGGGAACAACCAGUAUUUUCAAGAGCACCCACCCUGCAGCAGAACUCGGCCGUUCUCCUUGGCGUUGACCACGUAUGAUCCACUCUCAGUCAGUGCAGAAGGGCUAAGAAAUCAGGAAGGGUCAAAACCCUACCAGACGUCCCCAGCUGCUGCUGAGCCUGAGCCCAUCAGAUGUAAACAAGACAUAGCAAAGAGUGGGCAUCUAGCUGCUGGAGCUAAGAAGAAAUUGCCACCAGCAACACUGUCAAAAAAACCCCGACUAGAGGAGAGAGGAAAUAUCAGCAAGGAUCCUAGCUCUGUUAAAAAGUGUGUGAAGAGCGAGACAGGCAUGAUUCAUAAAGAAGAUAGAAAAGAGCAAAGGAAACUAAUUUUGAAAAAGGAUAGCAAAGCUCCCAAGCUGCUGAAGGAAAUCCAAGCAGAGUUGUUCCCUGACUGCUCUGGAAAUAUUAAGCUGUGCUGUCAGUUUGGUGACAUUCAUGGUGACUCCACCAUUACAUGGACUAAAGAUUCCAAGUUACUAGCUCGACUGCAGAGAAGUGCUCAGGAUGACUCUCCUGUCUCUUUGGCGAUAGCUAAAGCCAGUAACAAAGACCAGGGAAUGUACUAUUGCUGCUUGAAUAAUGCGUAUGGAAAGGUGACUGCUGAGUUUAAUCUGACUUCUGAAGUAUUGGAACAUCUUGCAAGUUUUCAGAAUUGUGAAGGUGUGGAAGAAAUUGAGUUCAUGCAGCUCAUGUUCAGAGAAGAUUUCAUAAGUGACAGCUAUUUUGGUGGAAACCUGCAUGGAAUAAUAGCUACAGAAGAGCUCCACUUUGGAGAAGGCAUGCACCGGAAAGCCUUCCGGAGUAAAGUGAUGCGAGGCCUCGUGCCGGUGUUCGGCCCCGGGCACCCCUGUGUUCUCAAGGUGCACAACGCUAUCACCUAUGGGACCAAGAGUAAGGACGAUCUUGUUCAGAAGAACUACAAACUAGCCUUGCAGGAAUGCUACGUCCAAAAUACUGCAAGAGAGUAUGCGAAGAUAUAUGCAGCUGAAGCUGAACCCUUGGAAGGCUUUGGGGAAGUACCAGAGAUCAUUCCUAUUUUUCUUGUUCAUCGCCCUGCUAAUAACAUCCCCUAUGCAACAGUGGAGGAAGAGCUGAUUGGGGAAUUUGUGAAGUACUCUGUCAAGGAUGGCAAGGAAGUAAAUUUCCUGCGAAGAGACUCAGAGGCUGGCCAGAAGUGUUGCACCUUCCAGCACUGGGUGUAUGAGAAGACCAACGGGAGCUUGCUUGUCACUGAUCUGCAAGGUGUAGGAAUGAAGUUAACUGACGUUGGCAUAGCAACACUGGCCAAAGGAUACAGAGGUUUUAAAGGCAACUGCUCGAUUUCCUUCAUUGAGCAGUUCAGAGCCCUGCAUCAGUGCAAUAAGUACUGUGAGAUGCUGGGGCUGAAAUCUCUGCGAACCACUCAUCAAAAACAGAGGAAAGCAACAUCCAUGAAAAGCAAAAAUCUACCAAACUCAUCAACUGUAAAGAAAACGGUGCCCAAGAAAGCAAGAGAACCUAGAGACUUCAUUUCUUCGGAGCACUGAGUGGCACUGUCCCAUCUUGUGGAAACUCCUCUGGAGGAUGUGUAGCAGUGACAGGCACCAGUGACCUGGUGGGGAAUGACUUGAGCCUUUUGCCUUGUGACAUUAUUUUGGAGUCAUCUUGAUGCUGAUGCCAGCAGCAAAGGAAGGAGCUGAUUCUGUGGUCUUGGUACCUGACAUUUAACACCAGGGCAAGGUUCUGAAGACAAACUAAGUCAUCUGCCCGGAUUAUCUUACAACCCUUCUAUAUAUUGGUAUCCGCACAUUUUGAGUCUUGGACAUUGAGCAUGCCGCAGGUCACUGGAGAACAUCUUCCCUUCUAUGUGCUGUGACCCUGUGGGUUCAGCUGAUACAUAAACAAUAUAUUUAAGAUGCCACUUAGUAAAAGUUUUGCACACUAUUGUUGCUCAGGCUGCUAUAGAAAAAUUGUUUUCUUUCACAGAUUUUUGCAUAUUGUAAUCCUACUAUAAUCCUGUUGUAUUUUUUUCUCCCACUUACAUGUCUUUUAAUACAAGACAAAGCCAUUCAUGAUCGGACAUAUCUGUUUUCUGCCCCCCCCUUAACUAGUAUCUUUAAGGUCCUCACAAAGUGAUAUCAGCUUAAAGAUGGAGAACUUUUGUGAUUCUUCACAGAAUUCCUUGCUUUCUGUGCAAGCUUUCCUGAAUCUGUGGUUAACCGCAUGGCACAG